AUGUUACUCUUAUCUGUGCUGCAGAUUCAUCCUUUCUGCAUUCAACCUUUAGCCACUGGCUCCCAUUAUCCUUCUUCUGAGGGUGACUGGUCCUUUAACACUUUCUCUGAGCCCGUGGCCUUUUCUCAAAGGGAGAGAUGGUCCUUUGAUAGCCAACACUUUGGUGGUUCUAGCAGCGUAGUGGUGGCAGCAGCAGAUUCUCCUUGUCAAAGCAUUACAAAAGAUGUAAACACCGUGUGGUGGUGGAUAGUGAGUGCAAUGCUCCAGAAGAUGGAACCUAGUUGCAGUAGCAAAGCCCCGUCUAAGUCAUUCUUGAAAUGGCGUUCCAUCAGCUCCAAAUGGAAUAAACCCUCGUCCAAAGACUCUGUAUCGAAGAAAAGGUUUUGGUCUAGACAUCGUUACAACCGUUCUUCAUCAAGCAUAGAGGGACUUAACCAGACAUCUCAGCUUUGAUGAAACAUCAAGUGGGUUAUCUAGUAAAAAUAUAGAUAUUAAGCUUUCAGUGUAAACAGAAGUUAUCAUUGUAGAGAGGUUACAGGGCUUCUCUAUGAAGUUCUGUAAUCUCCAUGGCCUGCAAGAGCAUGUGAUGUUUCUUUGAUGCAGAUGAUCUCCAUGUUUACAACUGAAACCUUCCCACAUGAACAGGAGA